UUCACCCUCUCAUUCUCAAAACAAUGGCUUUCAACCUCUUCUUCUCUUCUCUCACAAUAUUUUUCAUUCUAGCUUCUUCCAUUCCCUCUCCAUCUUCGGCCGAUGUCCCUCCUGCAAAUCCAAUCUCAACCGGAACUGCUUGCAAGGACACUCUAUACCCUGCCUUCUGCAGAUCAGUCCUUCCCACCAACAACAACUCUGCCAAUGUCUACGACUACGGUCGAAUAUCAGUCCACAAAUCAUUAUCUUCUGCUCACAAAUUCAUCUCUCUCAUCGAUAACUAUCUCCAUCAUUCCUCCUUCUUGACACCUUCUGCCAUUGCAGCUCUCCAAGAUUGCCGAUUCCUAGCCUCUCUCAACUUAGAUUUUCUCCUAAGUUCUUUCCAAACUGUCAACACUAAUUCCUCAGUCCUUCCUAGUAUUGAAGCUGAUGACGUGCAGACAAUGCUCAGUGCCAUUUUAACUAAUGUGCAGACUUGUUUGGAUGGUCUGAGAGACACUGCUUCAGCUUGGAGUGUGAAGAAUGGGCUCUCAAUGCCUUUAGCUAAUGAUACAAAGCUUUACAGUGUUUCUUUAGCUCUCUUCACCAAAGGCUGGGUUCCCAAGAAGAAUAAGACAUCGAAGCCGCCUGGAAAAACGCCGAUAGGCUUCAGAAACGGCCGGUUACCGUUAAAAAUGUCGCGCCAACACCAAGCGAUUUACGAGUCAGUAAGUAGGAGAAAAGUUCUUCAGACGAGUAACGACGGCGUGGUUCCGGUGAGCGAUAUUGUGGUGGUGAGCCAGGAUGGGAGUUUUAAUUUCACAACCAUUACUGAUGCAGUCAAUGCAGCUCCCAGAAGCUCCAAUGGCAGCAAUGGCUACUUUCUCAUAUAUGUCACCGCUGGUGUGUAUCAAGAGUAUGUGUCCAUUGGGAAGAACCAGACUUAUUUGAUGAUGAUCGGCGAUGGUAUUAAUCAGACUGUGAUCACUGGGAAUCAUAGCUUUGAUGAUGGGUGGACCACCUUCAAUUCUUCUACCUUUUCUGUGGUGGGAAAAGGAUUUGUAGCGGCUGGAAUAACAUUCCGAAACACAGCCGGAGCAAUCAAGCACCAAGCCGUGGCAGUUCGAAACGGCGCCGAUUUAUCCACAUUCUACCAAUGCAGCUUCGAAGCCUACCAAGACACACUCUACGCUCACUCUCUCCGCCAAUUCUACCGCGAAUGCGACAUCUACGGCACCAUCGAUUUCAUCUUCGGCAACGCCGCCGCCGUCUUCCAAAACUGCAACAUGUAUCCCAGGUUACCCCUCAUUGGACAGUUCAAUGUCAUCACUGCCCAAGGCCGAACCGACCCGAACCAAAACACUGGCACUUCAAUCCAGAAUUGUACUAUAAAAGCCUCCGAUGAAUUGGCUUCCAGUAAUACUACUUUCGACACGUUUUUGGGGAGACCUUGGAAGCAGUACUCGAGGACUGUUUAUAUGCAGUCUUUUUUGGAUGAUUUGAUUAAUCCCUUGGGUUGGCACGAAUGGAUCGGUGAUUUUGCUCUAAAUACUUCGUAUUAUGCCGAGUUUAAUAAUACAGGGCCUGGUUGGAACACUUCUGAGAGGGUGACGUGGCCUGGUUAUCACAUUCUUAAUGCUACUGGUGCUGCUAAUUUUACAGGAUCAGUUUUCUUGUUGGCGGAUGAUUGGUUACCUCAGACCGGAGUUCCAUACAGUGGCGGCUUAUGAUUUCUUUAGUAUUAGGAACACUGAAAUUGAUUACAGAAUCGGACACAAUUCACUUACAUGAAAUGGGUUCCAUCUUUCAGAUUCUGUGAUUAAUUUCUGUGCAAAUUGAAAACAAAAAUUGUUAUUGCAAUUUAGUAAAACAUAUUGUCCUCUGGGGUCUGUCUGUUCUGGUAUUGUUGUGAUUCUUUUUUGUUGUAGCAAUAAGCAUGCAUGUAACAGCCAGGCUUGCACAAAUGUGCUGCUUGGUUAUUAGUUUGUGAAUUCUAACUGCUAUAGUAUUAUAUUAAUAGCAAAAAUUUAGAUUGUCAUUAAAUAAUAGUUAAAUAGUUAGUUUUUGUUAAAUAGUAAUUA